UACAGACAUGAGUGUGUGUUGUGUUAGAGUGAGGAAGGCGGGGGAGGGGAGGGACCCUCCUCUGCCUCACUCUCCUCAGCGCCUUGAAGUGUAACCAACAACUGCUGUCCCGGAGUCAGUGGUGCAGCCUACUGCAUGGUCGGAAAUGCACUCCAGCAGGAGCGGUCCGCGCAUUGUUCUCCAUGCAGCCUGAUCCACAGACGCGGCUCGCCACGGCGCUCCGGAGAGAUGAUGGGUGGUCGCUGUGAACUUGCGCCGAGGCCAAUUUUUCGCUUUAGCGGGGAGCGCAGCGCUGUCCACAAGCAGGGAACGAUACAGACACAAACACCCAUCCAUUAAGCUCGAGAUCAAUCUUUUGAUGCCAGCAGCGGUUCUUCAGAAGAAAGAAAAGGACGCACCGGAGGAGCGUUACGCGCGCAGACAGCCAGGAGGAGCGGAUUGCGAACACAACACAUGGAUCCAGCCGCUGUCUGCAGGGAUGGACUGCUGAUUGAUGAGAGAAAUUCGCGGUGCGCACAAACAGUGUAAGCUCACAGAUGGAUCCACUGUGCAAUGAAAUCAAGAAAGCAGAGGGAGGUGAGCUAGCUGUAGACCCUGGACCCCGUCCAAAUAAGCUGGCUCGACUGGAACAACACGAGAUGGGACCCUCCACACCAGAGUGGAGCAGGCAGGGCAGUCCUGUGGCCAAAACCCCCGGUAUUGCACAAAAACCCGCCACAGCAAGGUCGACAGGCAGAAACUGGCACACCAAAGGAAGCCUGCUGCCAGUAUUCUGUGUGGUAGAACACAGGGAGACUGUUUUGGAAGUCGAGAAAAAUGAAGAACAUGCAGAGUUUGUGUUGGUCAAAAGAGACCUGCUGUUCAAUCAGCUGAUUGAGAUGGCCUUAUUGACGCUGGGAUAUUCUCACAGCUCUGCAGCACAGGCUAAAGGUCUGAUCCAGGUUGGCAGGUGGAACCCAGUACCUCUGUCCUGUGUAACAGACGCUCCGGAUGCUACGGUGGCUGACAUGCUGCAGGAUGUUCACCAUGUUAUCACCCUGAAAAUACAGCUGCACAGCUGUCCUAAACUGGAAGACUUGCCGCCUGAGCAGUGGAGUCACUCCACUGUUAGAAAUGCUCUGAAGGAGCUUCUGAAGGAAAUGAACCAGAGCUCUCUGGCCAAGGAGUGUCCACUGUCACAGAGCAUGAUAUCAUCAAUUGUAAAUAGCACUUACUAUGCAAACGUCUCAGCUGCCAAGUGUCACGAGUUUGGCCGAUGGUACAAGCACUUCAAGAAGUCCAAAUACUUCAAGGAGAUUGACAGUUUUUCCGAGCAGUCCACACACCUCACGCUAACGCCACAGCCAGUAACGGGUAGCCCAGCUGACCAGACCUCUCUGCUUUUCCCUCGUGGAGCAAUGACGAACAUUUGUGGUCAUUCUGGCCUUGGUUUGCACCCUCCUGGGUUGGUAACUCAGCCCCUCAGUCCCCAAAUGGCCAAACAGCAGCUGGUGAUGGUGCAGUAUCUCAACCAGCAGUUUGCUGUGAGCCGCAUGUUAGCUGGCCAGGGCCUCCCAUCCGCACCACAGCAGUAUCUCAACCACCCUCCUGUGGGAAGGACGCCUGCCAAAGUAUUUUCUAAAGCCCCUGAUUCCCAAACCUCACAGCAGCCACAGUGUGGCCUUGGAGGAGGUUCAUCCACAGGGCUGCAAAGUCAGACACCAACUGGGUCUUCUGUCGGCUCAGCAGACGUACCAGCUGACAUCUACCAGUGUGUGAGGGAGGAGCUGAAGCGAGCGGGCAUCUCUCAAGCCAUUUUUGCCCGAGUAGCUUUUAACAGGACUCAGGGCUUGCUGUCUGAGAUCUUGCGAAAAGAGGAGGAUCCAAAGCAUGCCUCCCAGUCUCUGCUGGUCAACCUGCGAGCCAUGCACAGCUUUCUACAGCUCCCAGAGGCUGAGAGGGAGCGCAUAUACCAGGAGGAAAAGGAGCGGAGUUUGACUGGAUAUACACCCAGCUGCAAUAACACACCCCCACUGUCCACACAGGCAAGACUUUCCCCAGUUACAUCUGAGAGAGGGUUGAGGACAGACAGCUGCGUUCUCCAUGUCAAUGGCUCCAUAUACGAGGAGAUUCAGCAUGAAAUGAAGAGAGCCAAAGUGUCUCAGGCUUUGUUUGCAAAGGUCGCUGCUUCCAAGAGUCAGGGCUGGCUGUGUGAGCUUCUGCGCUGGAAAGAGGACCCCUGCCCAGAAAACCGCACUUUAUGGGAGAACCUGUGCAUGAUUCGCCGAUUUCUCAGCCUACCCCAGACUGAAAGGGAUGCUAUUUAUGAGCAAGAGAGCAACAACAUGACUUCACAGCAGCAUUGCACUGACAAGCUCACACUACUCAACAAUGACAACACACUGUACCAGCGCAACUCUGUGAUGCCACAGCAACACCACCUCCAACCCCUGCAACCCCUUCAGCCAGAAACAUCACCUCACCUGUCUCCACGGCAACCGUGUGCUGCAUCACCAGCUGAGUCUGAGGCUGGGGCCACCUGGGGGCAUUUCCGAGUACGUUUGCAGCGCAGAAGCAGUUGCAGUGUUGAAAGAGGGGAUACCAAAGACUGGAUUGAUGGGUCACCAAUGGAUAUUGAGAACAUGGGUGGGGACUGGGGCGGCAUUGGAACAGUGAGAGAUAAGGGCGGUGCGCAGUGGGGUGAUGUAAAUGUAAAGGGAGACACUGGUGAGAUCACUGGAGACAGGAAAAUUGUAAAUAUUAAGGAAAAACUUUACGCAAAACUCACCCGAAUGAGGAGUGACGAGAAGGGCGAAGCAGUUGGUUGUUCCAAGACACAUUUUAAAGAGGAUAUCCAACUGGAUGAGCUUAACGUGUCUAGUGAUGCCCUAGUAAUCCUGCAGAGCUUCAUCCAAGAUGUGGGCCUCAAUCCAGAUGAGGAAGCAGUUCACACCCUUGCUGCACAGCUGGGCCUGCCCAAACACACCAUCCUUAACUUCUUCAACAGCCAGGACCAAGGACAACGCCAACAUUACUACCACAGUCCAACAUGUGGCCAAGAAGACCAGAAAGGCUGGACUAAAGCUGACCUCUCACGUGCUGACUUGCCUACUCCUGAACUGAAAAGGGAUGGAAAUGCAACAAAGCAAAAUGGUCAGAUUAUUGGUGUCAGAGAAUCAGACGUCAGCACUCAGACUGUUCCCCAAAUAAAAGAAGAGCAGGAGAGUGGCAUCUGAUUCUCCAAAACAUUUUCAUUGACACCAACACACUCUUCUUCACACAAACCGUCUGAAUGCAAUUCAAACUUAAUCCUUUAGUAGAGAUUCACUGUGCUUUUGUAAAAAUAUGGUGACAAGCAUGUGUUACCCUCAAUCUUUUAAAGCCAGACUUAGCUAAUUUGCAAAAAUGAAAACCAGAGGAUAUCAAAAAUUUGUCUUGCUAAUGUUUUGUUCCACCGAAAACUAUAUUCUAAUCAAAGAAUUUUCGAAAGGAUUCGGCAUAAAAGUUGUGGUUUUGAUCUGUGUUUAUAUUGAGGUGUUUUAAUAAAAAUGUUUAAAGAGUA